AUGGCUGAGAGAGCAGCUGUAAUAUCAAGUGAUGAAGAGGAGAUCCAAAACAGCAGUGAUGAUGAGGACAGGUUUCCGACUCAAGUUGCUGUAACUACAUCCCCUGGUUGCUCUGCCAGCCCUUCGUUAGACAGCCUUGAUGAAGACAAGGGAAGCUCAGCAGUGCCAGAAAGACUGUCUGUCCUCUCCAGCAGGGCAGUGGCCCAGCUAAAAGCCCCAGCUGGCCCAGAGAUGGUUCAUGGUGGCCGGGCACAAAGGACAGCCGCUGGGCUGGCUGAGCAUCCUCUGGCAGCUGUAGCUGCAUCCUUAGGUGCCUCCUCAUGGCCUGCAGCAGUUGAUAACCUGCUGCCUGCGGACCUUGCCUCCCUGUGUGCCAAAAGCCCCUGCUGUGAUGGCAAACUGAGCUCAGAGGUGCUGCAGACCCUGAGGGUGCCCGGUGAGGCCAGCGAGGCCCUGCAGGCAGGGACUGACACGCAGCAGGCAGGGAGCGGCACUGAGACCAACAUGGCCUCUUGCAGUUUGGGCCGUGUGAUUUGGGUGAAGACCACAACAGUAACAGAGACCUUGGAAAAUAAGAAAAAGGAGGAAAAGGAGAAGUACCGGCUCCAGCUAGCAAUGUACCGACGGCUCCUGCUGUUACGCUCCAUCAGGAGCUUGCAUAGGCAGCUGGAGCAGCAGCAGGCCAGGCUGCAGGAAUGCUACGGCACGGUGAUAAAUACAAAGAAAGAAGUGUUGAAACACAUUUGCCCAACCUCGCCCUCACCUUCGCCGUAA